UGGGCGCUGUGGUCGGACUGUGUCCCGGCACGAUGUGCCAUUGGUUCGUACGGGAGACUCGGGGGCAGGCGUGGACUGAACUAAGGUGAAAAUCCUUGGAGUAAUCUCACGAGAAAAUAUGAGAUUUUACUGAUUAUUGUUUACAUUGCAAAAAAAAAAAAAAUAAGAACCGAACCGAAUCGAUCCGGAUUAAACUAAACUAACUUAAGGAAAGUGAUCGUUUUACUCCCCCUCCUCCCCCCUUCGGUGGAGAAGACGAACCGGAGCCGAACUUUGUUUUGAUCGAGCUGAACGCCAAGAACCCGAAAUUCUUCCCGAUACCGGGGGGGUGAAAAACGAGAAGGGCAAACGCUGGACAUCAUUUAUACCUGGUGAAAAACGGGACAACCUCGAGGGUCGCCAUUGUGUGGAAGGAGAACCCUGGCAAUCUAGGUGCGGUGUGGUCCACGGAGAGAUGAUGUGACGGGGAUCCCCGCCUAGAAGGAGCACAGAAAGGCGGGUUUGGGAUACCCGAACUACAUCGGGCCUCUAAGGGAAUCCAACGUCCUUUACCUGGAGCUACACCGUGUGCUUGCGUGUCUUGAUCGGCACGAGUAGCAGGCGAGAGCCGCGGCUGUGGAUGUGGCCUAGUCUUGGGAGGGUCUGCGUUCCACUGGGAAACAGCAGGGACUGCUUAACUGUUAUCAUCAGGCCCUCCGUAGGACCGCCGAAAUAUUUAAUUACACCAUGAUGGAGGAACUGCAUAGCCUGGACCCCCGGCGCCAGGAGCUGUUGGAGGCUCGGUUCACCGGUGUCGGCGUGUCUAAGGGCUCGGGUCAGAAUCAGAACGAGUCGUCCAACCAGAGUCUGUGCAGUGUGGGCUCCCUCAGUGACAAAGAGCUGGAGACUCCUGAGAAAAAGGCGAAUGAUCAGAGAGUUAGGAAACGGAAAGCAGACCAUUUUGACAGCAGCCAAGGCAAAGCCACUGGAGCAAGGGGACAUAAAAUUAGUGAUUAUUUUGAGUUUGCGGGAGGUAGUGGUCAUGGUACCAGCCCUGCCAGGGGUAUUCCACCAGUGGCCCGCUCUUCCCCUCAACACUCCCUCUCCAACCCCCCUGUCACGGUGCAGCAGGGAAGUCCCUCCCCUAUAACCGCUGCCAACGCCGAACUUUCAUCUUGUUCGCUGAAGCCCACUCUUCACCUACUCCAUAAAGCCACACAGUCUGAACUUACGAUUGAGAAACUAACAGCAAUGGAGAACAACAAGAACUCUGACCUGGAGAAGAAGGAGGGUCGAAUUGACGAUUUACUGCGGGUGAACUGUGAUUUAAGGAGACAGAUUGAUGAACAGCAGAGGAUGCUAGAACGAUACAAGGAACGCUUGAAUAAGUGUGUGACCAUGUCUAAGAAGCUACUGAUUGAAAAGUCCAAACAGGAGAAGAUGGCCUGCCGGGAUAAAAGCAUGCAGGACAGACUUCGACUUGGCCACUUCACCACAGUGAGACACGGAGCGUCUUUCACUGAACAGUGGACUGAUGGUUAUGCCUUCCAGAAUCUCAUCAAACAACAGGAAAGGAUCAAUUCCCAGCGAGAGGAUAUUGAGAGGCAGAGGAAACUGCUAGCCAAACGCAAACCGCCCUCCAUGGUGCAAACUCCACCUCCAAGCCUCGAGCAAAACAAGCGCAAAACCAAGGCCAAUGGAACUGAGAGUGAAGCGUAUGAGUUUUACUUCAUCCUUUUGAUAGACGCCCACCACCAUUUCAAAGAGCCACUGUUGCUGAUGUUGGGUUUGCUCCUACACAGGUUAACACAGGCGGAAUAUCAUGAGCAAGAGGAAAUUUUCAAGCUAAGACUAGGCCAUCUUAAGAAGGAGGAAGCGGAGAUCCAGGCAGAGCUGGAAAGGUUGGAGCGAGUGAGGAACCUGCACAUUCGUGAGCUGAAACGGAUUCACAAUGAGGACAAUUCCCAAUUUAAAGACCACCCAACGUUAAAUGAUCGAUAUUUGCUACUCCACUUACUCGGUCGAGGAGGGUUUAGUGAGGUUUACAAGGCAUUUGACUUAACAGAGCAAAGAUAUGUUGCAGUCAAAAUCCACCAGUUAAACAAGAAUUGGAGGGAUGAAAAGAAGGAAAACUACCACAAGCAUGCAUGCCGAGAAUAUAGAAUUCAUAAAGAGCUGGACCAUCCACGAAUAGUCAAACUCUAUGACUACUUCUCGCUGGACACUGACUCAUUUUGCACAGUCCUGGAGUACUGUGAGGGCAAUGACCUAGACUUCUACCUAAAGCAGCACAAGCUUAUGUCAGAGAAGGAGGGCCGCUCCAUCAUCAUGCAGAUUGUCAACGCCCUCAAGUACCUCAAUGAGAUUAGGCCGCCCAUCAUCCACUACGACCUUAAACCUGGCAACAUCCUCUUGGUAAAUGGCACCGCGUGUGGGGAGAUCAAGAUCACAGAUUUUGGCUUGUCGAAGAUCAUGGAUGAUGAUAGCUAUAACUCUGUGGACGGGAUGGAGCUGACAUCACAGGGAGCAGGAACAUAUUGGUACCUGCCCCCUGAGUGCUUUGUGGUUGGAAAAGAGCCUCCCAAAAUCUCUAACAAAGUAGAUGUGUGGUCUGUUGGAGUAAUUUUCUACCAGUGUCUAUAUGGUCGCAAGCCCUUCGGUCAUAACCAGUCCCAGCAGGACAUCCUGCAGGAGAACACCAUACUGAAGGCAACAGACGUGCAGUUUCCUCCAAAGCCAGUAGUCACACCUGAAGCUAAGGCCUUUAUAAGGCGCUGUCUAGUCUACCGUAAGGAGGACCGCAUUGAUGUGCACCAGCUCGCCAGUGACCCCUUCCUCCUUCCCCACAUCCGCAAGUCGGUGGCCUCCUCAGGCACUUCGGGAAUGGCUGUAGCCUCCACUUCGAGCUCCUCAAACAGCAGCACCUCAAACUGACCCCACACCCUUUAACAGACUAACAGAACCAGUUGAAGAGUGGGAUGGUGGGGAGCGACACACUGUAAUGUCUCACCUCCCGACAGCAUCCCGCCUCGACUUGAAGACAGAGAACAUGGUCAGAUGAGGGCACGGGGUGGUUGUGAAGUCACAGAUGGGUUGGGCAGGACGACUCGUAUCGCUCCUCAUCCCCUUGCUUCUGCCCACCCCAGCCUACCUGUCCUCAUUCUCAAGACAGUGGCAUUGUUCUGGGUCGGGUCAAAGCCCCAGUUGACUCAACACUAGGGAUGGGGUUUGGCGCUCUUGUCGUGAAAAGUAUGGUUCAAUGUUUGAAUUCCCCCAACACCCUGCAAAACAGUUUUAAUAUAAAAAAAAAUACAAUUAAAAGAAGUAUAGAACUGCUUCAGCUCAACCAGGUGGAAAGGACUAUUUAAGAUUUCAUACGCAUACUCACGCACGCACACACACACACCCACCCACCCAUGCAUGAACCGUUUUGGUCGUCUGAACUCCCCCGAAAAUCAAACAUUUGUUUGCAUUCAUCCCCCCUGAAGCAGACUGAGAGUAGCAGUACGGCGGGUUAUUGUGUUGAAUCCUGAGUAUCUAUGGCACUAUGUCAUCCACCCUGCUGUUCUGGGAUCCUCCACCCUGCUUAAAUUCCAUGCAGAUACUUUGUGAAAGAACAGACUGAAGCUCCUCCCCCUGGCACCCCUCUCUCCCACCUCAGAACUCCUGUGACCAAAGCUUAUAACUUCCAGCUGGUGGCAGUAUUCCACCUCUGUUUUGUAGAAUGAAUGGGUUUUAGAAUCUUGUUACUUGAUAUGAAGAGGAAGCUGUUAUGGAAUGACUCCUUUGGAUUUUUUUUUUACUUUUUGAUUUAAUCGGUUUUAUGGAAAAACUAUUGUGUUGUUCAAGUUGCCUUUAAUUAGAAAUGUUACUGUAUUGAUUGCCCGCCUACCAUAAACACAUAUUUAUUUAGGUAUGUUUGAAUUUAUUUUCAGCCAAUAAAUGCAAGGGACAGGCUUA